UUCUGCUCGACGCCGUGAUCUGGCGGGCCGUCGACGGUGAUCUAUGAAUAGAUCCCGAGAUCUCCGUCUGCCAUUUUGAUCUCGCGUCGAACGGAGAUCGAUUGACGCCGGCACGUGGAAGCUUCGAGAGGGGCAGAGACAGAGAGCAUGACAAGGUCGCCGGUCGAUCGUCGAUUCAGGCAACCGGAAGUCCAACCCUGCCAGUGGAACACUCGGGGCUGGGAUCCAUGCUGAUCGUGAUGCCGAUUGGCGUCACCUGAGACGACGUUGACCCACCGUCUGCCACGAUGAAGAACAGCAAGUCGUUGAUGGAUAUCGAGGACAUCUGCGGAUGCUCGAAACUACCCUCGAUCAUCCCGAAGAAGGAACUGCCGCACCUGAGGUCCACUUCCGCCGCCUUCAUGCACGUACGCGACAACCUGGAGGAGCUGGGCAAGGUGGCCGACGACACGGACCUGCUGUUCCUCAAGGGCCUCCUGGACAGCCCUGUGGUCACGUCUCUGGUGAAGGUCCAGGAGCGUCUGGAGGAUCCUCCACUCCACGUGGAACCGGUAUGCUCGUCCGCCUGUGACAUCGUCGACGAGGUGUGCUACACGCUCCGCUCCUUCAGGGACGAGAACUCGCGAGAGCUCGUGCGAUUGCUGAGGAGCUCGCAUCUGAAAGCGCUUCUGGAGACGCACGACGCGGUCGUGGAACGGAAGGAAGCACCAUCGAAGCCGGAACCACCGCCACUGGCCAUGCCAACCAACGAGAGGACGGAAGCUGUCAGGAUGGUCAGCCUCAGGAGGCAACCUGACGAACCUCUGGGCCUGACGGUGCAAGUCGACGAAUCUGGCAACUUGAUCAUCGCCAGGAUCCUGGGCGGAAGCACGGCUGCCCGCCUAGGACUGCUGAGAAGCGGCGAGGUGAUCCUGGAGGUGAACGGGAAGGAAGUUCACAACCCGAAGGAGCUUCAGGAAGCCAUUCACGAAGCAAAGGAGAACUUGUCGUUGAAGCUGGCACCUGGAAUCGCCUCUGAUGGCAAUCGACCUGUGAAAUCCACGUGUUACAUGAGGGCGCUGUUCGACUACGACCCAUCGGAAGACACCUUGUUACCGUGCAGAGAGAUCGGACUCCCGUUCCAGAAGGGCGACGUGCUGCAAAUCGUGGACCAAGCAGACCCGAACUGGUGGCAGGCUCGACGGGUAGAAGGCGAAGGUCUGGGCCCACCAGGUCUAAUUCCGUCGUUGGAGCUGGAAGAACGAAGGAAAGCGUUCGUUCCGCCGGAAGCGGACUUCGUGCACAAGAUCAGCAUAUGUGGGACCAAGAUCUCGAAGAAGAAAAAGAGAAAAAUGUACCAGUCGAAGUCGAACGGAGAAUUCGACAGUGCGGAACUGCUGUUGUACGAAGAGGUGGCCAGGAUGCCACCUUUCAGACGCAAGACGUUGGCGCUGGUCGGUCCGAGAGGCGUUGGUCGUAGGACGCUGAAGAAUAGACUAAUAAAUAGCGAUCUUGAAAAAUUCGGCACCAUUGUUCCGUAUACCUCGCGACCACCUAGAUUACUCGAAGAGGAUGGCAAAAGCUAUUGGUUCACCGAUCGUGAUUCGAUGGAAACGGACAUCAGAGAGCACCGGUACCUCGAGUACGGGGAACAUGGCGGCCACUUGUAUGGUACAAAGUUGGACUCCGUGCGGGAGUUAAUCAGAGCCGGGAAAAUGUGCGUGUUGGAUUGUAGUCCAGCUGCUCUGAAAAUACUUCAUAACAGUACCGAAUUUAUGCCCUAUGUCAUCUUCAUAGCGGCGCCAGGAAUGGAGCAAUUAAAAUGGCUGUACGAUCUGGCAAGAUCGACUGGAACGAGCAGUCGAAACCUGACGUUUGACCGCCAGAGUUCCAUCAGGUACAGCUCGAGAAGGGCCAGGACGCUGGAGUCCCUUGCUUCGUUGUACGAGGAGGAUGAUCUGAAGGCAACGUUGGAGGAAUCAGCGGCUUUGCAACGCGCCUACGAGAAAUACAUCGACCUAGUGAUCGUGAACGAGGACUUCGACAAUACGUUUAGGCAGGUGAUCGCUGCGUUGGACGCCUUAGCUACUGAACACCAAUGGGUCCCCGUGAACUGGAUCUAUUAAUCACCAUUAGUACUACGAAUGAGGGAACAAGUAGCAUGGGAAAAUGCGGCUGAAGCUUACAGUGUCGAUCGAAGAAUUACUGCCUUGUUCUCUGCGAAACACGCAGUGGCGACCUUUAAUACCCAUGCUUAUCGAACUCGACGUCGAGUAAACCGUUAUUACGAUUAUAUUUAUAGCACUGUAUCGUCGUGCAAUCGAGCAAUUUUAUGGUCGUACUAUGUGUAUACAGAGUUUUAGUGUGUUGUGUAUAUUGUCCCGAUCGAAUGUAUAGAUACUUUUAAGCGAACGAUGCACUCGACACGGGUAUGGGAUGAAACAAGUACAAGGGUUUCCUCGGUGUAGCAGGGGGUUCUUUUUCCGAAACAAAGGCGACAAGUUUCGAGCACGCCCAUUCUUCUUCUACUCACGGUUAAAGAAAUACUCGGGCUAUGAAGGCCAACGAGAGACAGUAAUCUCGCGUUAAAAUGCCGUUUCUAGCAAGUACAAUCGUAGCAUUUAUGUUAGUUUCUUUUAGGUUUAUGAAACGGCCCGUUCCUCUCCUAAAUUUCGUACAAAAGAUUCGCACAUAGAUGAUAUACCAUCCGUUGCAGCGUAUUAACCCUGUGCACUCGGCCAAUUUUCAUUACCGAAAAUAGCAAUUCGAAAACAUUUUGCCAUAAA